CUGCUUUAAGAGAGAAACAGGAAGUUGUAACUAGAAGCCAUCUGAAUGCUAAGCCCAGGCAGACUGAUCACGAAGUGGCAACUUAAGUGGCAGUAUUUAUCCUGAAAUCGUCAGACAGCCAGACUGUUUGAAGCAAAUCUUGAUAAAGUAGCCCUCACCUAAUUUUUUAUCUAAGGAAUCCCAGGAAGACGGGAGAAUGGACAGACAGCGAAGAUUCACGUCUGAGAAGGAUGAGUAUCAGUUUCAACAUCAGGGAGCCGUGGAGCUGCUUGUGUUUAAUUUUUUGCUCAUCCUUACCAUUUUGACAAUCUGGUUAUUUAAAAAUCAUCGAUUUCGCUUCUUGCAUGAAACCGGAGGAGCAAUGGUAUAUGGCCUUAUAAUGGGAUUAAUCUUACGAUAUGCUACAGCACCAACUGAUAUUGAAAGUGGAACUGUGUAUGACUGUGGAAAACUGGCCUUCAGUCCAACAACUCUGCUGAUUAAUAUCACUGACCAAGUAUAUGAAUAUAAAUACAAGAGAGAAAUAAGCCAGCACAACAUUAGUCCUCACCAAGGCAAUGCUAUACUUGAAAAGAUGACAUUUGAUCCAGAAAUCUUCUUCAAUGUUUUACUGCCACCAAUUAUAUUUCAUGCAGGAUACAGCCUAAAGAAGAGACACUUUUUUCAAAACUUGGGAUCUAUUUUAACAUAUGCCUUCUUGGGAACUGCCAUCUCCUGUAUCGUCAUAGGGUUAAUCAUGUAUGCCUUUGUGAAGGCUAUGGUAUAUGCUGGCCAGUUGAAAAAUGGAGACUUUCAUUUCACUGACUGUUUGUUUUUUGGUUCACUGAUGUCUGCUACAGAUCCAGUGACAGUGCUGGCCAUUUUUCAUGAACUGCACGUUGACCUUGACCUGUACACACUCUUGUUUGGGGAGAGUGUGCUGAAUGAUGCAGUGGCCAUAGUCCUUACCUAUUCUAUAUCCAUUUACAGUCCCAAGGAGAAUCCAAACGCAUUUGAUGCUGCAGCUUUCUUCCAGUCCGUGGGGAAUUUCCUGGGGAUCUUCGCCGGCUCAUUUGCCAUGGGGUCUGCAUAUGCUGUCGUCACGGCGCUAUUGACCAAAUUUACCAAAUUGUGCGAAUUCCCUCUGCUGGAAACAGGCCUGUUUUUCCUCCUGUCUUGGAGCGCCUUCCUGUCCGCUGAGGCUGCUGGCCUAACAGGAAUAGUUGCUGUUCUCUUCUGUGGAGUCACACAGGCACAUUAUACUUACAACAAUCUGUCACUGGAUUCCAAAAUGAGGACUAAACAGUUGUUUGAAUUUAUGAACUUCUUGGCUGAGAAUGUCAUCUUCUGUUAUAUGGGCCUGGCACUCUUCACAUUCCAGAAUCAUAUCUUCAAUGCUCUUUUUAUACUUGGAGCCUUUCUAGCAAUUUUUAUUGCCAGAGCCUGCAACAUAUAUCCCCUCUCCUUCCUCCUGAAUCUGGGCCGAAAACAGAAGAUCCCCUGGAACUUCCAGCACAUGAUGAUGUUUUCAGGUUUGCGAGGAGCAAUAGCAUUUGCCUUGGCUAUCCGGGACACAGACUCUCAGCCCAAACAAAUGAUGUUCACCACCACCCUGCUCCUGGUGUUCUUCACAGUCUGGGUGUUCGGAGGAGGAACGACUCCCAUGCUCACUUGGCUGCAGAUCAGAGUUGGUGUGGACCUGGAUGAAGAGCUGAAAGAAGAGCCCUCCUCACACCAGGACGCAAACAGCUUGGAUAAAAGCACAACCAAAACGGAGAGUGCUUGGCUCUUCAGGAUGUGGUAUAGCUUUGACCACAAGUAUCCUUUGAUAAUGGUGAGUUCCCAGAUCCCACCACCUGGCAGAGAUUACCUUCAAGCACUUCAUCGCUGAGGUGUGUGCUCCUGCUCUUCAAGAAACACAGAAAGGUCAUCUUUGACACCAUCAGAAGAAUCAAUGGUAGAUACGCUGCCUGCACAGCCCUCCAAGUUCCAGCAGAUCCUUUAAAACCAUUUUGUGGGGACAUAGUAGGAACUACUGCUGUUUUCUCUCCAUGGCAUUUCCUUGCUGAAUCCAAGACCACAGCAUGAAGCCAUGUCAUUGAUUUCAUUGACUACCAUGUGGGCAGUUUUCUCUUAGCUGUUGAAAAUCACUUUUUUCCCUCUUUACAUCUCCAUUGACUAUCUCAUCCUGAGAAUUGACUUACUCUCACUGUCCAUUGCCAUACUUUGUCUAAGAAAAGAAAAGAAUUUUAAAAGAAUGCCUUCUGUUCCUGUCACCACCAAAAGAAAAAUCAGAAGAAUUUAAUAUUUCCUGUCACAGACAUGCCCAUGUGUGCAUGAUCACACACAAUUAGUCUCCCUCAUAACAAACAGGAAGAGAACCAAGAAAAAAACAUCCAUCACCUCUUUUGGUAUUAAGUCUGUGGGAUGUGAUACACAGUCAGAACAUCUAUUAAGGUCAAAACCAUUAUCUCCUCUUCCGGGUGUCUAAGCUGCCCACAUCAGUCAUUUUAGUGAAUACAGGAAUAAAGACUAGAAAAUAGUAUAGCUGUAGAUCUGAGAACCAUUAAAGUGUCAGUGACAUGGAUAGCAAUAGUACCACUUUACUAUUAUAGUCAUUUUUAUAUUACUAGCAUUUGAGGAUUAUAUUAUCUAGCCUUUGAGGACUGUUUUGAAAAUUUGUUCAAAGCAAGAUGAGAUAGAAAGAAGAAAUGAUCUUUUGAAGAAGAGACACAUUUGUGUGUGUGUGUGUGUGUGUGUGUGCACAGAUGCCACAUAUGUCCAAGCCUGAACAUGCCCUAGACACGCCAUACACAACCUGAGUGACUGAAAGAUCACCCAGUAGAAAUUGUUGCAACUCAUUUUCAGUUUUCUUGGUCAUUUGAAAUGCUCUGGUGUCCACAGGGGUAUGUGUCAACAAGCAUUGCCUGCUUUUAACAAUUUGCUCAAGUGAAUCUUGACAAAUCUAGUUUUGGCAGCUGUUUGGCCUGGAAGAUUAUUUUAUUUGUGGAUACUGCUCUAGUUGCUACAUAGGUGGUGGCACUAGGUGGGGUGUUUUAAACCUAAGGUAGUUCAGUGAUAAACAGGAAUACAUCCGCUUUAAGCUUUCUCAGUGGUCUCCUGAGGUAUAUCCUUCAUCUCAGGAAUUCUGGACCAGGAUAUGCUGGUCAUAAGGAAGCAGAGGUUCUGGUGUUUGUUUCAUCGAGAGGUCCCUCCCUAUGGGAUCAACCAGCAGCCUCUAAGAUGGCCAGCAAAGCAUUCAGAUGUGCUAAGUGUGAAACUAAGAACCAUUAUUUCCACAUUUGCCUUUGCCUGCCUCCUUCUGAGGUGGCUGGAGAACUGGGCCUACCUCAUGGCAUUGGUUCCUGUACCUCAGUUAGCUCUACGUGCCACAUGAGAUUUGCCAAGAAUCACUGAUGUUCAACUCACCCCGCCCUUCACUUGAAGGAGCUCCUUGUCAGGGAUCUGUCCUUAUUUUAUAUUCAAAAGUUUAUAUUCUUUUUGUAAAGAAGGGCCCCCAAAAUUGGGUAACCUUCAGGCUCUACAAAAUCUGGAUCCCCUCCUAUCCCUGUGAGAAAGCAUGAUAGAAAAGUAUGAUACAUUUAUGGUCUUAUUGUAAUAUUAAGUAUUAUAGUGUAUCACAUCACUGUGAAAUAUUUUAAUCCCUAGCACUCAUAUAGCACCAUUUUCUGCAUUCACUUAUUGUAGUAUUUUGGUAAAAGAAUUUUUUUAAAUUUACUUGAGCAGGGUUCAAAAAUUCCUCACUAAGCUUAAUUCUCAAUUUUGUGUCUGAAGCUAAUGUUAUUCCUCUCCACAUCUCUCCCCAGCCAUUUUGCACAGCUUUGCCUGCUCGUAAUAUCAUGGCAAGCAACUUGUCACCUCCUGAAAAGUGUGUCAGAUUCGUAGAGACCCAAUAACAAUUACAACAGUAUGCACUCCAAUACUGUUCAUUCUUCAGUCUAAAUUGGCACUGUACACCUGUGACCUAGAAUGACUCUCUUGCCCUCCUUUGCAAUUCAAUCCAGUUAUGAACUGAUGAUUAUUUUUAAAUCCUACUGUGGAUCUCCCAAACCACUCCAGAUCGCAAAUCUUUAACUUUGAGCACUGAAGGCUCUCAAACCAGUCCCAUGUCAGGUGUACGUUCUCAUGACCAAAAGCUCAGGGGAGGCAGGCCUCAGCUCCAAUGGGCCUGCAAAUAGAAACACUAAGGAACAGUAAAAAAAAAAUUUUAUAACUAAAGAAAAUUACCCCAAGUCAUAGCAAAUGAAUGCUAUCCUGAGAUAAACCUGGAUAAAAGAAUGGAUUAUACUCAAUGUAAAUUCCAGAAGGCAUGCGGGCAGACUUUCCAGCCUACAGGAUGGUGGGAGGGGAUAAUCUUAAGAAUUUUGUUAAGGGUUUUUUACAAGUUUUUCUUAGAAUGAAGUGCCCUUUCAGCUCUAAUUAUGAUUCUGUUACCAACAAGAGUGAUAAAGUCCAGUUUAUCCUAACUGCACAAAAUAUGUAGGAAUGAGCACACAUUUUUGUGCUGAUGACUGACAGAUUUCAGUAUGUUCCACAUAUCUCUUCUUUACCUUCCUCCUGCCAACCCGUUCACACUGUCAUCUUAGAGCGGAUGAAAGGUCACCUGCAGACAGGUUUUUGACCUCUGGAGAAUCUUUACUGAGUAGAGAUAAGAUCUGAGCAGAAGACGUUUUUCUGAAUAUACUCUGAAUUAUAGACAGAUGAUACAGUAAGGGCAAAUAAUUACUAUGAGUCACAUCUGAGAAAGAAUUGGUGCCCCCUUUCUGGUAGAAAUCUUAAUCAAGGUGCAAACAGAGAACCCUGGGGAAGCUCCUAAAGCCCUAAGCCAAUACCUCUCUGACAGAGUCUCUUCCAAAACUCCACCAGUUGUAGAGUGGCUGAGAUGGGGACCCAUCUGACUUUCCAAUGAGGAAUUCCAGCCACUCAUGAGCACCUGUUUCCUCACCGUGAUAGCCUUCAGGCUUUCCACCAUGCCUGUCCCAUAGCAAGUGUUCUAGUCAAUGUCUAGUAAAUGUUCAAUCAGCAAGUAAUCAAAAGAUCCUUUAGUUAAAUGAUAGUACAAACACUAAUGUCUUCUGCCAAAGACUCACUCUAUUUCAGGUUGGUGUUGGACACUGUUGACCUCUGCCCACUAUUUUAUUUAUUUAUUUAUUUAUUUGCUUUUCACUUCAUUCUUGUGGUUUGGCAUGGUGUGCACAGAAUCUGGAACCGCAUGAGGCCAGUCAAGCGUGGAAUGAGAGCUUGUUGGCUGACAAUGCACAAGGGUGCCCAGGACACUAAGCAGGAUAAAAUAGUACUGAAGGCAGCUAACAUGAAUUUAAUCAACCAUAAUUCUACAUUACUUAUUAUUUUGUUUACAAUGUCACAAUGCAAAAGUUCUCAUGUUGUGUCCUUAAUGCUUUUAAGAUUUUGCUUGUGCAACAUUCAUUGACCCAGUUGGUUUCUUUCCAUGUCAAUUAACAUCUUUGGGGGAGCUAUAAUUGUACAUAGCACACCCCAUAAUUCAAGCAGCCCCAUCCUUUUACAGAAGCAGUUGUCAUUCCCAGAGUUGUAUCAGUAAUUGUAAGAAAACAGUGAACUGAGCAACAGCAGUUGGUAACAUAAACCUAAUGAUCAGAAGUGAACACGGCCAAGCUCGACUUUGAAACAGAAAAUGAAAUCAUCAGAGUAGAUGUAAUUAUUGAGAACCACGGAGUAGCAGCAACUCUCUGCUCUUUUAGUAACAACCAUUGUUCACCAGGCACAACUAUGGUUUCAGUCAUGUGGCAAGAUAAUGUGACGCAAAGCCUUAGGAACACCAGUGAAAAGGAGCUGAAGAGUAAUUUAUUCAUGUUAGAAACAGAGUAGUAUGUCAGUGUAGAAAGAGGGAGUGUGACGGAAAGGGAGUAGGAGGCACCAGGAACCGUGUGCGGUGAGUGAAAACUAAGCAGCCUGGGACCCAAACAGAAGAGAUCCGCAUCCAGGGCUUGAGCACAGCAGGUGAGCAAGAGAGCCGGACACUGCUUUCUUCCUUUCAUCCCCUCAGCUCGCCCAUAUGCAGCUGUGCAUAUUGUAAUUAAUUGUAAAAGAAAAAAUACUAGGAGUGCAGGCGGCUGAAGGCACCUGUCCGAGGAGCAGCAGGAUGAACCUCAACCCCAGGAGGGGGCGCUAAUGAGAGCAGCUGGGAUUGCAGGGGACUCACCAACAGUCACUGGUGAUGACUGAGAGUGAAACCAUGCGUGGCAGAGAGUGGCAUCGGGAAGCGGAAAGCUAUCCCUCACGCUGUCACUUGACACAGAGCCCUGUGUUGGAGGCAUCAGUAAGAUUUAAAUUAUGGAAUCCAAAGGUUUCCAGCGUUCUCAUCAUUCCUCAGCCAUAAUUCCAGCAAUUCCUAAAAGAGAAAAGACGUGAAGAAAUAUUCAGAUCACACAGCACUCUUUUAUGCUAUAAGUUAAAUGUGGUGUGAUGUUGUGGAACUUAGAAGCGCUUUGGAUUCACAGUGUAUGGGUUCAGACCCCGGUCUCCUUCACUUAAUAACUGUGUGACUUGGGCAAGUCGCUUUUUCAAUCCCCAUUUUCUAACCUUCAAAAUAGGAAGAUGCUGUUUUUGUAAUGCGUCACACCCACAUUCAUGAUUAUUUUAAUAACCUCGCAGCCUAGACCUAAAGGACAAUCGUCAAGCUGCUCUAAGUUGUUCUUUAAUGUGCAGGUGAAUGACUUGCCCCAAAGCAUUCUACUUCCUUUUCCCUACCCAGUGGCUGUGGGGAAUGGAAGCCAGCACCUGUAAGGCCAUCACCCGCUUUGGGUUGUAGUUAGGGAUGUCAUGAUUUUUAAAGAGCCCUUUUUAAGUUAUAUGUAUGCAUAUCCUAUGAUC